GUUCACUCACCAGCUAUCUCUUCGCUCGACUCAUCAUGUUCGCCCGCAUCUCCACCCUCUUCGUCUUCUUCUUCCUCGGCCUCGCGCUGAUGGUUUCGUCCACCCCCACUCCGUCCUCCGAGUCGCUCAUCGCUCGUGACGGCCAGUGCAACACCGGCACCCUGCAGUGCUGCAACAGCGUCCAGUCGUCCAGCGACCCCGUCACGUCUCUCCUCCUCGGCCUGCUCGGCGUGGUUCUUGGGGGCAUUGACAUCCCCAUCGGCAUCCAGUGCACCCCAAUCACCGUCAUCGGCGUCGGCUCUGGCGCCAACUGCGUCCAGCAGCCUGUCUGCUGCACUGGUAACACUUUCAAUGGCCUAGUCACUGUUGGCUGCUCGCCCAUCAACCUUGGUCUCUGAACGGGGAACAGACAAAGACGCGCCAGUACACCCUGUCGGGUUCGCAAUAGGGUAGGCGGGCGCGUCAUGUGCAGAUAAAUCGCUUUGAGACCGUGAUUGGGUUCUGUCAAUCUUUGCUUUUCCGUUUGAAUCGGAUAGUCGUUCGUUUUGUUGCUUGCAAUCU